AUGGAUGAUAUUCCACUUCAAACCUUAAAAGUUAUAGAAAAAGUUACAUCUGAAGAGCAAGUCAAUAAUAUUUCAGUUCAAAUUGCAUCAGUUUUAAGGAACUUCAAACCAACAGUGCGAUCGAGACGUGAAUUUGAACCCGAUGAAAGUGUCGGUUUUGACACGGAAUUUGAGAAAGAAUUAAAUCAAAUUGAGUCGGAAGUUGAUAACAUUUAUUUGAAAGAAUCUUUACCUAAAAUUGAAACUGAGCUUAAUCUUUUGGUCAGAGAUUACAAACAUUUAUUGACAUAUUACAGCAAAUUAAAUGAAACAGAUGUGAAAAAUCAAGUUGAACUGAAGGAAUCUGACGAGAAAAUUCAAGAGAAAUUAGAUCGUGUUGUGAUUGUUGAAGAUAUUAGAAAAUCUCUUCUGUCGGAAGUGAGAAAGCUUUGCUUGAUUCUCGACAAAACAAAAGUUGAAUAUGGGCAAAAGUUGAGACGAGCGACAAGCAAUUUCAGAGAUGCCAUUCACUAUUUAAAUCGUGGAUUUGAAGCAGAAAGAAUUAACAACUUCGAGACAUUAGAAAUUUUAAGAAAACUUGAACAUACAUUAAGAAACACCGUCAAUGAAUGUCAAAAUUCACAAGAAUAUGCAAAAGCUCUCGAAGAUGAGCUUAAAAAGACAAAGCUUAGUCUUCAGAAGUGUGAACGAGAUCUCGAAGAACAUGAAAAAUUAUCCAAAAAGUCAUCGAUAACAAUUCGUAAUCUUGAGCAAGAGCUUGAAAUUGCAAAAGAUCGAGCCACAAAUGCGGAAGACAAUUUGGCGAGAUGCCAAAGUAAACUUGGCAUAAGACCAAAGCUAAGAAACUUUCUCAAUCGAUAA